AUGUUACUUUAUAAACUAUGUGUCGUUGAUCUUCGUGUGGUUGAUGCCUCAAUCAGGCAUUUUGCAGAUGUUUCAAUUUGGCCUUGCCAAUGCACAUGCUUAUGGGGAACAUUUCUUUUUCGUAAUGCUCUCGUACUUCAUGAUAUUCAGAGGCUUACCUCUUCCUUUAUCCAUGUACUUCCAGCACUUUUUUCAUUCCUAGUUAGGUGGUACCCUUCCGAAACAUCCGUGUGUUGGUAUACCGACCUAUACAAUUCUCAUGGUUCUCGAGAACUGUUAUCAUGGAAUACGAAUGUUGAUUGGUUUUGGCUUGUGGCAGCACCCUUUCUGUUCCACCUCGUACGUGAAGUACUCUAUUAUGUUAUUAUCUAUGGGAUUGUAAGGCCUAGUGAUGAGCAUUUGGAUAGUUUUCGGUAUUUGCAUAAAAAGAAAAUAUUAUGGCGUUUCUUUUGGAAGCAUAUCCAUGACCGAUGGCAUUUAAUUGGUUGGAUAACAUGCAAUCUACUAUUGUCCACAAUUCUCUUAUUACUUGCUGUAAUUGCAUGGUGUAAUUACCUAUUCCAUAUCUCAUUAUUAAUUGUUCAAACAUUAACAUUAGUAUGGAAUGGUGCAUGUUAUUAUUUAGAUUAUUUUCCAAUUGAAUAUACACGUAAUUUACAUAUGGAACCGGAGAAAACUAUUAUUACAAUUACACGAAGCGAGAAUGCUAAUCAAACAGGUGAUGAUCAACAUAUUAUAACUGAUGAUAUUUAUGGAAGUGUAGCAGCAAGUAUAUUCUCACGUUAUCCAUUACCAGAAGAACGACAUACUACACUAUGCAGUAAUGGGCAUACUAUAGUUGAUGAACAAAAAUCACUUACUCAUGAUAAUGAAGGUGGUGAUACACAUUGA